AUGGACGAGAUCAUCUACGAGCUGCGCGAUCACAGCUCCGGCCUCAACUGCGGCCGCUGGGAUUACAUCUUCUCCUUCAUCAAGAAGUUCCGCAACCACCCCAACUUCGUCCUUCCCGAUCGCUCCGACGUCACCAUGACCGUGCCUUUCAUGGACUCCUACGUGAAGCUCCUUAUUAAGACCUGCCACCGUCGUGGCGUUCACGCCAUGGGUGGCAUGGCCGCACAGAUCCCCAUCAAGAACGACCCCGCCGCCAACGACAAGGCCAUGGAGAGUGUUCGCGCUGACAAGCUGCGCGAAGUGCGCGCCGGCCACGACGGCACCUGGGUUGCACACCCUGCACUUGCCGCGAUUGCCUCUGAUGUCUUCAACACCCACAUGCCCACCCCUAACCAGCUGUUCGUCCGCCGUGAGGAUGUCAACAUCACCGCCAACGACCUCCUCAACACCAACGUCCCUGGCAAGAUCACCGAGGAAGGUAUCCGCAAGAACCUGAACAUCGGCCUUAGCUACAUGGAAGGCUGGCUCCGCGGCGUCGGCUGCGUGCCCAUUAACUUCCUCAUGGAGGACGCCGCCACUGCCGAAGUUUCCCGCAGCCAGCUGUGGCAGUGGACCCGUCACAACGUCAGCACAGCCGAGGGCAAGCGCAUGGAUAAGGCCUUUGCGCUGCGUCUGCUGCAGGAGCAGGCUGAUAGUCUGGCGGCUAAGGGUGGCAAGGGCAAUAAGUACCAGCUUGCUGCUCGGUACUUUGCCGGCCAGGUUACUGGUGAAGACUACGCGGAUUUCUUGACCAGCUUGCUGUAUAACGAGAUCUCCUCUGCUGGUAGUGCUGCUAAGCUUUGA